CACUAAAACACCACCAUUUUGGUUCCCAGCUGUCUCCCAUGUAGCGGUGCUGAGGAAGCAGGAGGAGGCUGAGGGGCUGGGCAGCACGGCGUGGGUAGCAGCGGUGGCGACCGCUGCACCAAGUAAAGAGGACUUUUCCCAAGGAAAAUAACAUAGUUCAGAAGGAAAAAUAAAAAAGAAAUUACUGCAGAUUUUACUUUACCGUAUAGUAAGAAAAUCUACAAUUUCUUCAAGACACUCAUAAAGGAAGCAGUCAUUUUUCAUGUGUCCUCAAAACUGUGAGACAAGAGAAUAUAGUAGAGUAAGGCCAGAAGUCCUUACUGGUUCAAAGAACUCUGGGGAAACUGGGAUAGAGCAUUAUACAUUAUAAGUGGAAUCCCAGGAGCCAGAGGUGAAUACAAGUUUAUCUGCAGAGCUCCGCUGCAGGUCUGAUCUGGGUCUGGAAGAAAUGGAUGAGAGCCACUGGAUGACAUUCACUAAUACUAGACAUCUGAGUCCUCUAGUAAUGUAUAAAUAUCCCAACUAUUAUCUGUUAUCAUCUUUCUCUUAUUCUUCUUUUAUAAUCUGUAUUUUAACUGGAACCCCAGACCUGCAGUUUUGUUCUUUUGCUUGCUUAUGUCACUUCUGUAUGGCUCAUCACCUUUAUUGUGCCUUAUUCUCAUUAUUUUUAAUUUACUUCCACCUGGUCCUUUUAUUUAUGGUUGUCACAUAAAAAUACCUAAUAAAGGUUUUUGUUUGUUUUGUUUUCUUUGUAAUGAGCUUUGCACACAUGGUUGAUAGGCAUAUUUUCAGUUGCUUUUUUUCUCAAAACAACUGACUUUGGGCUAAAUAUGCUUAAACUAUUGUUAAAACCAUUUCUUUUGCAGAUAUUUGUGAAUGAACUUUACUAAGUAUGGAUUCAGGUGGUGGAAGUCUUGGAUUACAUACAUCAGACUCUAGAAUGGCCCAUACCAUGAUUAUGCAAGAUUUUGUGGCUGGAAUGGCUGGUACUGCGCAUAUCGAUGGAGAUCAUAUUGUUGUUUCAGUUCCUGAAGCUGUGUUAGUUUCUGAUGUUGUCACAGACGAUGGGAUAACUCUUGAUCAUGGCCUUGCAGCUGAAGUUGUCCACGGGCCUGAUAUCAUCACAGAGACUGAUGUAGUAACAGAAGGUGUGAUCGUUCCUGAAGCUGUACUUGAAGCUGAUGUUGCUAUUGAAGAAGAUUUAGAAGAAGAUGAUGGGGACCACAUCUUGACUUCUGAACUAAUUACAGAAACCGUUAGGGUACCUGAGCAGGUUUUUGUGGCUGACCUUGUUACUGGUCCUGAUGGACACCUGGAACAUGUGGUCCAAGAUUGCGUCUCAGGAGUUGACUCUCCCACAAUGGUAUCAGAGGAGGUUCUUGUAACUAAUUCAGAUACAGAAACUGUGAUUCAAGCAGCUGGUGGUGUUCCUGGUUCUACAGUUACUAUAAAAACCGAAGAUGAUGAUGAUGAUGAUGAUGUCAAGAGCACUUCUGAAGACUACUUAAUGAUAUCUUUGGAUGAUGUUGGAGAGAAAUUAGAACAUAUGGGGAACACACCAUUAAAAAUUGGCAGUGAUGGUUCACAAGAAGAUGUUAAAGAAGAUGGGUUUGGUUCAGAAGUAAUAAAAGUGUAUAUAUUUAAAGCAGAGGCUGAAGAUGAUGUUGAAAUAGGUGGAACAGAAAUUGUCACAGAGAGUGAGUACACCAGUGGACAUUCUGUACCUGGAGUGCUUGACCAGAACCGAAUGCAGCGGGAGAAGAUGGUUUACAUGGCAGUUAAAGAUUCUUCUCAAGAAGAAGAUGAUAUCAGUUGCGCUGAAAUAGCAGAUGAAGUUUACAUGGAAGUCAUUGUAGGGGAAGAGGAAGGAACUUCUCUCCCUGAGAUUCAGCUUGAGGACUCUGAUGUUAAUAAAACAGUUGUCCCUGUUGUCUGGGCUGCGGCAUAUGGAGAUGAUAGAAGAGUUUCCAGAAGGUAUGAAGAUUGUCAAGCACCAGGAAAUACUUUGGAUUCAACAUUAGAAAACAGAAGUAGUACAGCAGCACAGUACCUUCAGAUUUGUGAUAGUAUUAAUACAAAUAAAGUACUUAAACAAAAAGCCAAGAAGAGGAGAAGGGGAGAAACCAGGCAGUGGCAAACAGCUGUUAUAAUAGGUCCUGAUGGACAGCCCCUGACAGUGUACCCUUGCCAUAUUUGCACAAAAAAGUUUAAAUCCAGGGGAUUCUUAAAAAGACACAUGAAGAAUCAUCCUGACCAUUUGAUGAGAAAAAAAUACCAGUGUACAGAUUGUGACUUUACAACUAAUAAGAAAGUGAGUUUUCAUAACCACUUAGAAAGCCAUAAGCUUAUAAACAAAGUUGAUAAAACCCAUGAAUUUACAGAAUACACACGAAGAUACAGAGAGGCUAGUCCACUGAGUUCAAAUAAACUUAUCUUAAGAGACAAGGAGCCGAAGAUGCAUAAGUGCAAAUACUGUGACUAUGAAACUGCAGAACAAGGACUGUUGAACAGACAUCUAUUGGCUGUUCACAGUAAGAAUUUUCCUCAUGUUUGUGUUGAGUGUGGGAAGGGUUUUCGACAUCCUUCUGAACUCAAGAAACAUAUGAGAACCCAUACUGGUGAGAAGCCAUAUCAGUGUCAGUAUUGUGUCUUCAGGUGUGCAGAUCAGUCAAAUCUGAAAACUCACAUUAAGUCUAAGCAUGGUAACAAUUUGCCAUAUAAGUGUGAGCAUUGUCCCCAAGCAUUUGGUGAUGAGAGGGAGCUUCAACGCCAUCUGGAUUUGUUUCAAGGACACAAGACACACCAGUGUCCUCAUUGUGACCAUAAGAGCACCAACUCAAGUGACCUUAAGCGGCACAUCAUAUCUGUUCACACUAAGGAUUUUCCUCACAAAUGUGAGGUGUGCGAUAAAGGUUUCCACCGUCCUUCUGAGCUCAAAAAACAUAGUGAUAUCCAUAAGGGUAGGAAGAUUCAUCAGUGUAGGCACUGUGACUUUAAAACAUCAGAUCCAUUUAUUCUUAGUGGCCAUAUCCUUUCAGUUCAUACUAAGGAUCAGUCAUUGAAGUGUAAAAGGUGCAAGAGAGGAUUCAGACAACAAAAUGAGCUCAAAAAGCAUAUGAAGACCCAUACUGGAAGGAAGAUUUACCAAUGUGAGUAUUGUGAAUACAGCACUACGGAUGCAUCUGGCUUUAAACGGCAUGUGAUAUCAAUACAUACAAAAGACUAUCCACACAGAUGUGAAUUCUGCAAGAAGGGGUUCCGAAGACCAUCAGAAAAAAAUCAGCAUAUUAUGAGGCACCACAAGGAAGCUCUUAUGUAAUAAGAUCAAUAUAAAGAAAAAAGCUAAUUAGAAAAUUUGAUAUGCUACUUGGGACAAAAAUGUCACUGACUGUUUCAUCUGGUUUCAAAGCUUGAUACUAAAUCAUAACUUUACAUUCUUUGUAUUAAAGAUUGUAAAAUAUUUGAAUUGACAGGGGAUCUCAUAGCCCUUUGAAAAUUACUUAAAGAAUUUAAGAAGCACCAUAGAAUGGUCACAGAAAACUUCUGAAGUAUCUAUUUAAUAGUAUUAUAUGCAUAAUUAAACUAUAGGGGGGAAAAGCAAAGACAAAUGCUUUAUUUGGCUGAUUAUACAAGAAACAGAUGUUUCUGAAGAGAGAAAACAUUGUUGAGGAGUUUAACAAUGCUUUGUUAUAGCAAGGAAGCCUCACUUUUAUGCAGUUUUAGAAAUGGGAUGAGAAAGUAAAAUGCAGUCAUUCAUCAGUCACUUAGUUAUUGAGCCUUUUAUAUUGUACCUGGAAAUUGAAUUCCAGAAAUGGCAAAAGUUUUGUGUAUUCAUUAAAGAAAAUUCACUGGAAAACAGGUUAAUUAAGUACUAUUAAUGAAUUUUAUCACAACUCAUUCAGAGCUGCUAAUAUUUUAUCACAAGAUGAUAUUUAAAAUAUAGCAUUCUGUGCUUAAGUGUGAGGCAAAGUCUAAGGAUUAAAGUUCACUUUUUUCCUGAUGUUCAAGUUAAUUGUUGUUUAGUAUGGCAUAUAUGACAAAAAUAUAUUUGAGUCAAAUGUGGCUUUCUACAAUGGAUGCAACAUUAGUGUUGCAAACAAAAUCAGCACUGUAUUUCUUAAGGAUCUAAAGAUUAAAUUGAGAGAACACAGUUUUCUUAAAUAUUAUAAUGUUUAGAGGUGUUUUUUUAGGACAGUCUUAGCAAGUACGAUUGUUCUAGUCUUACUUGCUCUAAUGUUUAAAGGUGCAAUUUUAUGCCAUUAUUGAAAUUUUUGAUUUUUAAAAUCUAUAUACCAUAUUAUUAACAUACAUUUUCAAUAUGAGGCAGUAUUUAUGCAGUAUUUAACAGAAAAAUAUGCUGCCAAUAGUUUGGAGGUGGAUAUUCAGUUUACAGUGUAUAAAUUUAAAAUAUGCAUCCCUUUAACAACGCUUUGUGUUAGCAUGCUGCAAAUCAAAAUGGCGCUUAAUAUUAAAAGCUGGUUUAGGGAAAUUUAAUGAAAAUCUUGUUCAUAAAUGUAAUGCAUAUGAUGUGUACUUUUAAGUUUUAGUUGCUUCAUGUUUACAUUCAGCUGUUCAACAUAAUUAAAAUGUAAUUUUGCUUCAUGCUAUAUUGUGGCUUUGUGUUUCAAAUAACGUUCACCUUUCUGUUUUGCACCAGAUAAGGAUCAGUUCCUUGAGAAUAAACUUUUUAUCUUUCUUAACUUCAGAAUAUUAAAUUUGGAAAAUCUACUAAAAUCGUGUGUUAUGUGGCUGUAAAUGAUGUACACGCUGUAAAAUAAGAUCGUCACUGUUAUGUGGGAUUAUUAUUUCUAAAUGUUACUCAUUGAAAUGAGCCUACAAUAAAAAGCAUUUAUUGCACUU